AAUGGCCAUAGGAGUUGGCAUGACUGCAGAAACAUCUGGGGCCAGGAGACCUGAUUCCAGAGACAGCAUGAAAAUACAAGCUAGAUAAUGUAAUUGCAUGUACUCUCUACCUGCAUGUAGGCUACAUGGUAUAGUCCACACCUAACAGUAACUCCUUAUCUCUGUGUAUUAAUAAGUGAUGAAUUGGGAGUGAGUCAACAUGGUGACUGGCUGUAUUUUUUUUCUAAGUUUUACUUCCCUCCCUUUGAGAAGUCCACUAGUGGUCACGUGUGCUUUUGGUUGUAGUGCUGUUGGUUUAAUCACGAAUUAGAAUUGAACUUUGUCAGUUACUGUUGAGGCUAGGGGAGAGAGGAGAGAAUAGGAAGUUAAAAUUAUUUAACAUUUUUUUGGAGGGCGAACUUCAACUUUAAAUUAGUUACAGAGAGCCUAUCGGUGUAGAGGGGUGGUUGCUGUUGACAAAAUAGGUUUAAGCUUGAAUCGCUGGUUAAAGAGAAAGUUAAAAUGACUCGCGCUAAGAGGAUAUACGUAAAUGCUUCUUGGCACCAAGUCGACUGACUACAGAGACAAGUAUUGAAGGUCCAAUGCGCAAUGGAGACAAGCAUUUCCUUGUUUAAUGCUAUCCAAAAUACUUAUCUAAAUUGAGGAAACGAGAAAAGGCAACUAAGUCAGGCAACAUGUAUAACGGCACCAGCAUCAGAGAGCCGACAGACAACUCGGUGACACAUUUCCAACCCCUGCAAGACGGAGGCGCAUUGGAGUCUGGAUCUGAACAAACUAAUAAUGGGCAAGAUUCCCAUGUCAAGCAAUCUGGACAGGCCAACGUCUUGGACCGUUUGUCUAGAGCUGGUGUACGGGCAUUCCCUGCCAGUGUCACUACUUAUGCUUCGGCACGCAGAUCAAGACUGCAGAGACAGCCAGUGGUGUGUGACACCAACAAUAGCUCAUCAGAGAGAGGCUCGCUCACACCCGCCAUGCGUAAAAUAUAUUUGAAGGACUUAUUUUUGAACUCGUCCGGUGGAUUUGCAAGUGUUCGAUCUUCGACAGGUUCCGGUGCGUCUUCAAGGGAGAUUGGUGAGGAGGUGGUGGAAGGUUGGGCUCUGUGCCCCAUGGAGCAUGCAUGGAUGUUGUCUGUUGUAGAUGGAAACUAUGAAACCAUCGUGGACUUUCUUUCCGAAGAUUCUAGUCUACUAACCAGGAAAGAUUUUGUCAGUGGGUUUACAGUGCUACACUGGUUAGCCAAAAGUGGCCAGGAUGAGACACUAAUACAAUUGCUAAGGCAUGCUGAAAAUGAGGGGAUUCCAGUCAACGUGAAUUUGAAGGGCAGUGGGGGGCUCACCCCACUCCACGUAGCAGCUAUGCACAGUCGAUACAUGGUAAUUAAAAUUCUAGUCGGUGCGUUCGGUGCCAAUAUCGAUGCCAUGGAUUACAAUGGAAGGAAAGCUUGGCAAUAUCUGAAGGGCAACGCUCCUGAGGAGAUGAAGGAGCUUCUUGGCACUUGGGAUGAUGAGCACCGUAGCGUGGGUCAGCAGAACACUAACAACAGUGCCACACUAGUGCCCAAGUCAGAAUUGAGUGAUGAGGAGAGAGACGAUCCAGUCUACUUUGAUCGGACUCGAAGGAAUGGCAGCUGGCGCGGCUCAUUUAAAAAGUUGUUGGCUCCAUUCUUGUCAUUUGUGAACAAAAAUUAAAGGUCAGAUGGCCACAUGUUUUCCCACGCGAAACCAAGCGUUUUCAUCACGACUCAUUGAGCAUCGUUUGUAAAGACAUUUACGCACCCCAAGGCUUGGCGAAAAAAAGAUUAUGGGUUGCAGUGGAACAGUUUUACGUUCAUCUUCAGAAUGUUCUGUAUUCAACAAUAUUGACAUUAAAUACACUUCUAUUUGAAGGCAUUCGCGCGUGCUCUUGUUUUCUAAGAGUUGUCAACACUAAUUUUGACACUUCCUGCAAAUUGUGUAAGCAUAGGUAUAGCAAUUGCUACAGAACCAGAUACAUGUUAUAUUCUCAAAUACAGCCUAUCAUUCUAAAAAUUGUAAAGUAACAAUUCUGCUUAGGAUUUUAUGGUCAUUAUAAAAACGAAAACUAGUCUUCGCUUCAAUUACACACUGGUUUAUUUGGAUUGAACAUUUUAGACUUGCGCCCAUGUAAACCCGUUCCUAAAUAAACUUUCAAUAGUAAUGUUUCUGUUUAAGUCCGAAUCACUGAUCAAUGCAUAAGCCUCAUUUAAGUGUAGUGCAUUUGUAGGUUUUUUAGUGGACAAACAUCAUUGCGCCGGCAGAAAGGGCACCAUUCUCCCCCUGGUGGCUAAAAGUAGAAUAAUCUUACCAUUCCAUAUUUCACAUUUUGGUUUGAGCAAACAAUUCUGAAGUGACAGGGUCACUAGCCCGUUAUUUAGUAAACUUAUCAUAUGCCCUGUGACCCUAGAGUGUAAUGCCUUUAUCAGAUGUAGAGCUUUGCACUAAUGCCCACGCUACAAAAAUAGGUAACACCAAUGAAACAUGGCUGGCAAAUAUUGGGUAAGCGACAUUAACUGGAAGCUUUCUACAUUUUCAUACAAGCAUUUCCUGAGUGAAGGAUGUAUUGCAGUUUCCCCAAACUCAGUCCCGAGGACCCUCGAUGGAGCACAAUUUUUUUUUUUGUCCCAACUAAUCAUGAAGCUUUGAGUCAGCAGUUUGGUGCUAUGACAAAACUAUAUGUGCACCCCUUGGGGUCUGCAGGACAGUUUGGGAAACACUGAUUUAUUGAGUUUUGAAAACACUCACAUGGCACAACCAAAUCUAAUUUAUCACAAAUCUUUAAUUGUCAAACACAAGCAUAACCAGAGUAUCUGUACAAAAAGACCACUGUUCCAGAUAGUAUGGCUUCCCCUCCAGAUCAGGGCCCAGCAGGUAGAAGAUGCUGGAGAUCUGAAGACCUGUGCAUUUACAAGCCCAACUUGGUCCU